AUGCCAGCCGCGGCAUCUCCGCCUGACUCGUCUGCGGGGCAACGCAUGGAUGAGGUUGGGCGGAAUCGAAUUGUCAACCUCCUCAAGGAUGUUGCGAAGGGUUCUGGGCACGGAGUGGUUUCGCUCAUGAAGCGCGCGGGUGUCCAGAGCCAAAACAGCCUGAAGGAGCUGAUCUCGAUGCCAGACGAGAAGGUGUCCAAGACAGCUCGGAAGGCACUGCAACGGUUGCAACGUGAUGCUCAUGGCUCUGCGGCUGAGGGCUCGGCGCCUGAGGCUACCCCAAAGAAAGCCAGGGGAGAAGACGACCCCCCGUCCGGCGUGAAAGAUGGCAAGCCUGCGAAGCGGGCGCGCGAAGAUGCUGCUGGGCCCUCCAAGUCGGCGAAGCCGAAGCAGAAGGCGGAGGAUGAGGAUUAUGAGGAGCCGCCGAAGAAGACGCCGACUGAGGAGCCGCAGAAGAAGACGCCGACUGAGGAGCCGCAGAAGAAGACGCCGAAGAAGGAGGACUCUAAGGAUCCACCGAAGCAGAAGACGAAGAAGGAGGAGCCUGCGCUGAGGCGGAAACCUAUCAUAGGCAAGCAGAACUCUACAACCAAGAAGGCCGAGUGGAAACAGUUCAUGCGCCUCGCGGCCAACCCCAAACGCUGGCCAGCCGACUUGAACACCCCGUUCGAGAAUAACAAGAACGACCUGUUCAACAAAUGGUUAGCUUGCGACAAGAGCGUGCCCGAGCUUCCGCUGACCAUCAAAAGGGAGCUUGAGGAGAAGGAGAGUGUGAAGAGGGAGUGGACGUGGAUGAAGCGCCGCGACAUGGAGGAGAAGCUGAAGUACUCCACCGAGAAGCUUGACCAGCUCGUGGCGAAAAGGACCAAGCAAGGGUGGUACGAGGAUGACGAGGACUUCCCAGGCGACUUGGAGGAGCGAUACUACGCGAUGAAGAUGGGGAUGUCUCUCACGCUCGACUCCUCCAGGUCCACGAAGACGGCCCUCCAAGGCCAGACCGCGGUGAAGGGGCAGGCGGCCAAGAAGCUCCUCAAGCCCGGCGGCCUCUUCUCCUCUGGAGCCCGCCUCAACGUGCCAGGCAUGUCGGAGAAGGCGUCGGAGAAGUUCUGGCAGGAGACUGGCGAUGACGGGGGCAGCAGGACCAGGUCGUCAUCUGGCCCCCUGCUCGCCAGCAGGCCUCCGAGGCAGCCGAAGGCAAUCGUGGAGAAGACCCCCGUCGAGAAUGCUAAGGCCAAGAUCUCCGACAUGAUCAAGCAGACCGGCGAGGCCAAGAAGAUGAGCUGCUCCGCGCUGGCGGACCCAUACACUACUGCCAUCGGCGAGGACCUGAAGAAGCACCACGGGGAGGUCGACGAGCUGCACGGGAAACUCAUGAGCCUGGUGCGGGACAAUCCGUCGGGGCAGAGCGACGCAUUCGAGGAGACCGUGGAAGAAUGGGAGAUUCUCGACAAGAAAUACACGGAGCUCAAGAGCGCGGCUAAGAGGUACGGCGACAGAGUCACCGCCGACGCUGACGCCUACAUGCAGGUAUACAUGCUCACACUUGAUCUUGAGAAGGACCUGGCAGUUGAACCCACGAAUGCCCCCGUGCUCAUUCCUUUCGAGAUGUGUGGUGGGCUCUUCUGGCCAGGCUUGAAUGAGUGCGACCAGUACAAGGCCAUGUCUUACCAUUUCAAGAAAGUGUGGUGCAAAGAGAAGGGCGUGUCGGCACCUGCAGUUUCCUUGUCAGCAAUUACGUGUGGCAGGGCAGACAAGUCGAACUACCCGAGCCUGUCUUCAAGCUUCAAAGCUGCUUCUAUCAAGGCGCAGCUGGCAGUGCUGAUCUCGUACGCCGCCGACGUUGCUUACGAGAAAGACACGGGGACGGACAUCCUCCAGAGAGAAGCUGCGGUGACCGAGCUGACGGAGAGCAAGCGGGAGAUCGAGGAGCGCUUCCACCAGGCCGAGGCCUCGAGGGACACCGCGUGCGAGGCGCUGUCGAGGCUGCAGGGUGGCCUCUCGAGCAGCAGCGAGGAGAAGGAAGCCGAGAGGAAAGAGCGGUUGCAGGUUGAGGCCGACCUCAAGGAGACAAGGAGGAGUGCUGCGCAGGCGCUCUCCAUGAACUCCGAGCUGAGCAGGGAGCGCGACGAGGCGCUGGAGCGCUUGCGAGAGGGGGACCUCGCGAGGAGAGAUCUGGAGGCGAGGCUGGACGCGGCGGCAUCGGAGCUGCGCGAGCUCGAGUCCAGCCGCGAGGGGGGCGACAGCGAGGCCGACGCGCUGCGGGGGCAGCUGGAGUGCCAGGGGGAGCGGCUCGCGCGGCUGGAGGCCGAGCGGGACCAGCUGGACGCGGUGCACCGGCGCGCCGAGGCGGAGCUGCAGGGCUCCGCGCGGCGCGCCGAGGCGGAGCUGGAGGAGUCCAGGAGAGCCGCCGCGGAACUGCAGGACUCCGCGCAGCGCGCCGAGGCGGAGCUGGAGGAGUCCAGGAGAGCCGCCGCGGAGCUGCAGGGCUCCGCGCGGCGUGCCGAGGCGGAGCUGGAGGAGUCCAGGAGAGCCGCCGCGGAACUGCAGGGCUCCGCGCAGCGCGCCGAGGCGGAGCUGGAGGAGUCCAGGAGAGCUGCCGCGGAGCUGCAGGACUCCGCGCAGCGCGCCGAGGCGGAGCUGGAGGAGUCCAGGAGAGCUGCCGCGGAGCUGCAGGGCUCCGCGCAGCGCGCCGAGGCGGAGCUGGAGGAGUCCAGGAGAGCCGCCGCAGAGCUGCAGGACGCGCUGCUCCGCCGCGCCGAGGCGGAGUUGGAGGAGUCCAGGAGAGCCGCCACCGAGCUGCGGGGCGACGCGCGGCGCGCCGAGGCGGAGCUGGAGGAGUCCAGAAGAGCCGCCGCGGAGCUCAAGGACGCGGAGCACCGUCGCGCCGAGGCGGAGCUGGAGGAUUCCAGGGGAGCCGCCACGGAGCUGCGGGACUCCGCGCGGCGCGCCGAGGCGGAGCUGGAGGAGUCCAGGAGAGCCGCCGCGGAGCUGCAGGCGGAGCUGGAGGAUGCCAGGAGAGCCGCGGCGGACCUGCAGGACGCGGAGCACCGUCGCGCCGAGGCGGAGCUGGAGGAUUCCAGGGGAGCCGCCACGGAGCUGCGGGACUCCGCGCGGCGCGCCGAGGCGGAGCUGGAGGAGUCCAGGAGAGCCGCCGCGGAGCUGCAGGCCCCCAUCGUCACGAGAGUAUCGUAA